AUGUGUUUCCAUAAUUGUGAGAGGAAGCUAGGAUCACGGUUACUGAUGAUGUUCUCGGGGAGGCCGUGAUGGCGAGCAACAUGGUCGAAGAAGAGUGUGGCGACGUCUUUGGCAUUGUGCGAGGUCGUGCAAGGGAUGAAGUGGGCACGUUUGGUCAAGCGGCAGACAAUGACGUAGAUGCAAUCAUGCCCGCGGUCGGUCUUGGGGAGGCCGCACACGAAGUCCAUGGAGAUGGACUGCCACCGGAUGGAGGAGACGAUGGUGUUGUCAGUGCGGAUGGUGAAGUAUUGCCCGUCGAGGUACGGGUGCCAGACUGUGAGGGCGUGAAUCACGGCGAGGAGUUCCUUCUCGUUGGAGGGGUAAUUCAUCUCCGCGGGAAGGAGCUUCUUGCUUGCGAAGGCGAUAGGGUAUUCGCCAGGUGGAGCCUUGGGGUGAGUGGGCGAGUCCUUGAUGGAGGGGGUCUCGGCGGUGUCGCGGGGGAAAUGUUGGGACAGUAUGGCUCUGAUGGCGAAGUCGGAGGCGUCAGUGGUGACAUAGAAAUGGCGAGUGGGGUCGGCGAUCUUGAGGACAAGGGCCGUGGUGAUGGUUUGCUUGAGCUCGUCCUUGCGGGUGAGUUCGUGGAGAGGGUAAGAGAUCUCGGAACAGUUGCGAAUGAAUGGGCGGUAAUAGUUGGCAAGGCCAAGGAAGGAACGGAGUUGGAGGAGGGUCUUGGGUGGGGGGUACUCGACGAGGGAUGUGACCUUYGAGGGGUCCAUACGGAUGCCUUUAGCGGAGACAAUAUGGCCGAGGUAUUCGACGCUCGAAGCGGCAAACGUACAUUUGCUGAGCUUGGCGUAGAAUUUUUGCUCUCGGAGGAUCGCGAGGACUUGGCGGAGGUGCUGAAGGCGGCUGUGGAGGUUGGAGUGGUUUGCACUGUGGAGGUUGGAGUAGUUUGCACUGUGGGGGUUGGAGUGGUUUGCAUGUUGGUGACGACCGUGAUGGGGGGGGUGGUCCCUUCGAGCGUGGUGACGCGGUCGCAUAAAGAUGACACGUUGGCCUUUAUGUCGUCGAGACAGGCGGUAACGGAGGUUUGGAAGGUGUUGAGUGCGUGGAGGAUGGCAGAGAGGUCGGGGGUGGCGGUGUUUGCCGGUGGUUGUUCGCCGGCGAGGUUGCGGGCGAUGCUAUCGACUGAGUCGGUGCGGAUGUCAGACAUGUUGAUGGAGGAUGUGGCCAUGUCGGGGGAAGAGGGGGUGGAGGAUGUGGCCUGAACGGGGGUGGAAGAUGCAGCAGCAGCGGUGGUGUCGGCGGCGGUACGUUGGGAGUUCUUGGUUCGGCGUGGUGGCAUGUGGAGGGGGGGGGGGAAUCCCUUAUUUAUCAAUAAAUUCAAAAAUAAAGA